AUGAUCUGGGCGCUGGAUCAGAUCGAUCAGGACAGCUCGAUCGGCGGCAGUAUGACCCCGGAGGAGAUGGAAGAGGCCGAGGCAAUUUACCAGGACGAGGCCGCCAAGGGCGUCUGCUACACGACCAUGUGCGACGACAAGUGCCGCACCGGCGAUCACGAGGCGGCGCAGAUGAGGGGCCAGCCCGGGCUUUUGUCCACAAUGUCGCGCUGCCCCAAGGAUCAGGUCCGCCGCCUCUACUGUUCUAAAAGAAGGACUAUGGGAACCUGCAAGUGCCGAGGCUUCCGCGGGCUAGAACUGUCUUGCACAGGCGGUUGCGCCGACGGCGAGACUGAGUUCAAGGACGAGGCCGCCGACCUGGCUCUCGAGGCCGCCGAGACCCUCGCGCUCGAAAUCGCCGCCAAGGACUUCUGUCGUGUUGCCAUCAUGGCCGCGACUCUGCCCCUGCGUCUCAUCCCUUUUGUCGGCUGGAUCGCCUCUAUCGCUCUUCAGGUCGCCAUGCCGGCGCUGGGCGUUGCCAAGGCCGGCAAGUCGUUCAAGGGCAAAGACUACGAGGUUAAGCCGCUUACGAGCAAGGCCGACCGGCCUGCAACCAAGUCACCGACCAAGGCCUCGGAGAAGCCGAAAACUUGCAAGACCAAGAGACUCGCAGCCAGGGCCUUCCGCAACCUCAAGUCAUACGGGACCCCCGAGUGCAAUGGCGAGAGAGCCAAGCAGGCUUGCUACAACUACAGCUCCGUCAUCGCCAGGCGACGUGACUUGCAGUCCCUCACCUGCCCAUCCAACAAAGCGCUCAGGGCCCCGCGGCCCAUCGUCGGCGUGUGGAACGAUCAGCACCACACUUCCUGGAGUAGUGGCUGGCUACAGCAAGCGGACCUUGAGUGCGAACGCGACGAGUACCCCGGCGGCGUGUGGAUCCGUCUCAUCCCGGCAACCGACAACAGCAGGGCGGCUUGGCUAUUUGGCGGCUGUCCGGAGCACGAGCAAGAGCGCCUCGUCGGCGAGAGGUCCAUUACCACUAAAGUUAUGGAAACCAUCAACGACAUCCAGUUCACGAGAAUGGGCAACAUGCCGCCGGACUUUGGCAUCACCACGAACCCCUGUUGGCCCAAGACGCUGGUCGACGACCCAGGCUUCGCGCUCCUGACGAACGAUUCGUGGUACCGGCAGGGCAACAACAGGGGUGCCUUCAUCCAGUUCUACGACGACGAGCCCGGCCCGCAGUUCACCAACGGCAAGGUCAAUCACUUCCCCGGUCGUCGCGCGCUGGACGAGCUCGACCACGGCAAGAGAUCCCCCGCCGAGCUUGUCAUCCGCGAGGGGAACUCCACGCGCCGGCCUACUCAUUGCCAGAGGGAGAUGGAGGAGCUGGGAUACGCGUCGCUCCCGGUCAUUCGGGAGACGGCAACGUCGCCGGCGACGGCGGAAGCUGUCGCUACUCCGUCCAUCACCGGUAGCUUUCCAGAGGCGAGCAUCGAGGUGCCCGCGUCGUUGAGCUACGCUUUGGAGGUCGCCGCCGAGAUCUCGGACGCUGCGAGAUCAAUUAUCACGCCUGCCCCUGGACAUAACCCUACCAUUUAA